AUGACUUUGGGUUCCGCUUUAACCGUACAAGCACGGUGAUGCCGCUCCAACAUGUCUAAACAUCGUUUGUAGCUGGCUACACUUGGAAUUAAAAAAAACAUGUCAGGGAUGUUGAAGAAUCGUCGGACAUUUUGUGUUGUAAUAUUUAUCCUGUGUCAGUCAAGCGUCGUGACAUUUUUGCCAGUGGCAUCGCUAGAGCAUGACGACCUGGUGCUGGCAGAAGAACCCGACUCGGAGGGCAGACCCAAAUUAAUGGAGUCAACGGAAGCAAGAGUAACCAAGAGACAGUUCAAGACGGCGGAGAUCGCCGACGCCGUGAUGGGCACCGAGGCCCCCAUCGACCCGUCUGACAUCGAGUCGCUCUUCCCUAAAAAUGUGAAAGACUUCCCGUCGGCCUUCUCGCCGCCUUGUGACGACGGGGAGUGUGCGGUGGUCGCCGAGGACGAGGAGAGUGCUGAAGCCUUCCAGCAGGUAACACUGGACAUGGUGCACGCCCCUGCUGAAGACAAGAACACCGAGGCCGCCAAGACCUACAAGAUCACCUGUGACAAGAGGAACAUCACGGCCACGGACGCCUUCACCGUGCAGGUCCUCAACGCCUCACAGGACUUGAUGGACUUCCUCAACGCAAACGGCACCGAGUGUUCCGUGGUGCUCUUCUUCACCGCCUGGUGCCAGUUCUCCGCCAGCCUGGCGCCUCACUUCAACGCACUGCCUCGCCUUUUUCCCAGCAUGCACUUCCUCGCCCUGGACGCCUCGCAGCACAGCAGCCUGUCCACCAGAUUUGGGACAGUGGCGGUACCCAACAUCCUCCUCUUCCAAGGAGCCAAACCCAUGGCUCGCUUCAACCACACCGACAGAACCCUGGACAUGCUCUCCUCCUUCAUCACCAACCAGACAGGCUUGGAGGCGGGGCUAGAGAGGAACGUGACUGACGCCGACCGCCUGGGUCCGCUGCGCAGCGUGCCGGUGACGAGCAUCGACUGGCUGCUGGUCUUCUCCGUACUCUUCAUCACAUCCUUCACUGUGUACGGCAUCCUGAGGACCGACAGCAUCCGGUGGCUCAUCCCGGGCCAAGAGCAUGAGCAUCAGGACUGAAACACUGCCACCGGACCUGAUUGGUUGUUCAUCUGAUCAUGACACAUUUGUUUUUUUUUAAUUAAAGAUGAGGAGCUGAUCUUGGCAAUAA